AUGCUGAAAUUCCAAGAAACUGCUAAGCAUGUCAGUGUUGCCAGAUUGAAUUCUGCUCGCUCAGAUGCCAUGAUUGCUAGAAGAUACACUAUUCAGAGGAAACUUAGCAAUGGAAGCUUUGGAAAUGUGUAUCUGGUUUCUGACAGAAAAGCAAAACAAGGAGAAUUAAAGGUUCUAAAGGAAAUCUCUGUUGGAGACUUAAAGCCUAAUGAAACAGUUGAAGCAAAUCUGGAAGCACAACUACUCUCCAAAUUAGACCAUCCAGCCAUUGUCAGAUUUUAUGCAAGCUUUGUGGAGCGAGAUAGUUUCUGCAUUAUCACCGAAUACUGUGAGGGUGGAGAUCUAGACUUUAAAAUUCAAGAGUACAAGGAAUCUGGGAAGAUAUUCACUCAAAGACAAAUAUUAGACUGGUUUGUACAGUUGUUACUCGGAGUCAACUAUAUGCAUGAAAGGCGGAUACUUCACAGAGAUUUGAAAGCCAAGAAUAUAUUUUUGAAAAAUAAUCUUCUUAAAAUUGGGGACUUUGGAGUUUCUUGUCUUUUGAUGGGUUCAUGUGAUCUGGCGACUACAUUUACUGGGACACCAUACUACAUGAGCCCAGAAGCACUGAAGCACCAGGGGUAUAACACAAAAUCUGACAUUUGGUGA